AUGCGGCCGAUCUGCGGGAUGCUGGUGGUGCUCUUGUUGGCAGGGGUCCGCUCGGAUAGACCCCCGCUGGGGGAGCCCCGCUCCUCCUACCCGCCCUACAUGAUGCAGCUGUACCGCAGCGCGCUGUCUGAGGGCCGCCGGGCGGGCAGCUCUCCGGACAGCAGCCGCGGAAAGGAGGCUCUGCAUCACGCCGACUCAGUGCUCAGCCUGCUGGCCAAGAGUUGCCACCAGGUGGGUGACAAGUGGGCCAUCACUUUUGACAUGUCCUCCGUCUCAGCCACCGACAACGUCCAGCGGUCAGAGCUUCGCGUUCGCCUUCCAGAGUUUUCCACCUCGGAUAACACUGUGGUGGACAUCUACCACGCUCCUAAAGGCCACUGUGGUCAGGACCCCUGUGCUGAAGAGCGUCUUCACCUGGGCAGCCUCAGAGCCACACUGAGCAAGUCUUCCUCGCACUCUUCUUGGAGGGUCCUCAACAUGACUCAGCUCCUGAAGUACUGGCUGCAUCAGGGUGGGCAACUGCCGACCCAGGAACCAAGCCAGGAGGAACUGAGAAAAGGAGCAAGCCAGGAGCUUAAGACUGUCCAGCAUCCAACAGCCAACAGCGUCAUGAUGGUGGUCUACUCCAAGCAGGCGCAGAGAAAAGCAUCUACUCUCAUCCGCACAGCUGAGCACUCCAAGUAUGUGGCUUUUGAUCGCACCAGCAGUGGUCAUGGGUCUGUAGCCCGGAGGCACAAGCGGAACCACAGGGUUCAUAAGAAAGUGCGUGAGGCAGCGGGGGCGGGCGUGCAUAUUGGAGCCCCCCAAGCAGAGGGCGAAAAGAAGCCUCUGUGCAGAAAGGUGGACAUGUGGGUGGACUUCGAUCAGAUUGGCUGGAGCGAAUGGAUCAUCUAUCCGAAGAGAUACAAUGCCUAUCGCUGUGAGGGUAGCUGCCCUACACCAGUGGACGAGUCCCUUACCCCAACAAACCAUGCAUACAUGCAGAGUCUUCUGAAGCUGCAUCACCCGGACCGCGUCCCAUGCCCAUCCUGUGUGCCUACGCGCCUGGCUCCUCUCUCUAUGCUGUACUAUGAGAAUGGGAAGAUGGUGAUGAGACAUCAUGAAGGCAUGGUGGCAGAGGCAUGUGGCUGCCACUGA